CGGAAGGACGCCGCCGAUAACACAUUUGGGUCAUAAGUGGCCAAUUUUAGUCUGUUAAAUUAGCACAAAAACUGUGUAAUUCUCCACACUUUAUUACUGAAUACGUUCUGAUUCAAUAGUUCCAUUUAUAAUAAUCAUACCUUAAUGAUACGACCGCAUUUUGAGAAGCUACACUCGUCCUCUAACCGGUGUUUUGUUGUUUACCUCAAGAAAAGCGAAUAUCUGCACAAGAUCUGACACAUGUAGUCGCUCACGCCCUGAUGCAUUGUGGGUGGCUGUGCUCCUGAUGCAUUGUGGGCCGCUGAGAUGUCCUCCUCUCAGAACCAGUCGUGUGUUUGGGAGUCUGAGGACACGCUCUCACUGCUGUUAUGUUUGCUCCGUUCGUUCGAGUCCUGGGCUGGCCUGGGGCAGACGGAGGAUUAUCUCUCCGUCCUGGAGUACGUCCUCUGGGUCAUCACUCCUCUGGCCGUGGUCUUUAUCCUUCCCUUCCUCAUCGUCAUCCUCCUCUACCUCUCCAUCCUCUUCCUCCACGUCUACAAGAGGAAGAAUCAGCUGAGAGAGGCUUACUGCAACAACCUCUGGGACGGAGCGCGGAAAACUCUGGCCACUCUGUGGGACGGACACGGGGCCAUCUGGCACGGUUAUGAGAUCCAUGGGAUGGAGAAGGUUCCAGACCAGGGCCCCGCGCUCAUCGUUUAUUAUCACGGGGCCAUUCCCAUCGAUUAUUAUUAUUUUCUGGCAAACGUGAUUCUGCAGAAGGGGCGCACCUGUCACUCUGUGGCCGACCACUUCCUCUUCAAGAUCCCAGGUUUUAAGCUGCUGCUGGAGGUGUUCAGUGUGAUCCACGGGCCCCAGCAGGAGUGUGUCAGGGCCCUGAGGAGCGGGCACAUCCUGGGCAUUUCUCCUGGAGGCGUCCGAGAGGCUCUGUUCAGCGACGAGACUUACCCCCUGCACUGGGGCAAGAGGAGGGGCUUUGCCCAGGUCGCCAUCGACGCACAAGUGCCAAUAAUUCCAAUGUUUACACAAAAUGUCAGAGAAGGAUUCAGAUCUCUGGGAAAUCUGCGUUUUUUCCGCUGGCUGUACGAGAGGUUCCGAUUCCCCGCUGCUCCCAUUUACGGAGGGUUUCCUGUCAAAUUCCGGACUUUCCUCGGAGACCCGAUCCCGUACGACCCCAACGUCAAUGCGGCUCAACUGGCAGAAAAAGUGCAGAGGGCGGUCCAGGCUCUGAUCGAUGAACACCAGCAGAUCCCCGGCAGCAUCCUCCGAGCCCUGCUGGAGAGACUCUACACCAGACACAAACCCACGGGUCUGCCCAAGAAGAAGAACUGAACCAGGACUAAACCAGGACUGAACCAGGACUGAACCAGGACUGAACCAGGACUAAACCAGAACUAAACCAAGAUUAAACCAGGAUUAACCCAUU